AUGCCAGCCAGGAUGAUGAGUGUCCGCGGGAGUGCAGGCAGUGCGGGCGAUGUGAGCGUGGCGGAUAGCCCUCUGGCUACAUUCGAAUCACUCACGCAAGCCGCCGUUAUAGCCGUUAUGGGUGUCGCCAUUGUUGUGUCAAAUCUUCUUAUUAUAGCUGCUUUCCUCAAUUUUAAAGGUCUCUCCAAUGAAGUGAUAAAUUACUACUUACUGUCCCUGGCGGUGGCGGACUUGCUAUGCGGCGUAUUUGUGGUACCUUUGUCGGUGUACGCUGCUAUCACAGGUCGCUGGAUGUUUAGCGACCUAAUGUGCCGACUCGCUGGUUACGUCGAGGUCACUCUGUGGUCCGUUUCUGUUUAUACUUUCAUGUGGAUAUCGGUAGACCGCUAUCUCGCGGUCCGGAAACCUCUCCGAUAUGAGACGGUUAGUGCAACGGUACAAACUCGCACUCGAAGUCAAUGUUGGAUGGUUUUUACUUGGAUAUCCGCUGCCAUGUUGUGCUGUCCACCUCUACUUGGAUAUAAAAAGGACGCAAAUUUCGACAAGGAGACAUUUAUCUGCAUGCUGGACUGGGGCACUACGUACGCUUACACUGCAACACUGGGAAUACUCGUUCUAGGCCCCAGCGUUAUUUCUAUAGUUUACAAUUAUUUUUACAUCUUUUCUAUGAAACGCAAGCUAAAUAGUGGCGCGCCUAUACAUGAUAAGGAGUAUGCUACCGCUUUAGCUGAAAAUCUGUCUAAUCCAAGUCAUUGGAUGAGUUUUGUUCUCGUAUGUGUUUUUUGGCUAAGUUGGGCACCCUAUGCUGGAGUGAGAUUGUAUGAGUAUUUCACCGAUCAAGAGUUAAAGAUUCCAAUGUUACAUUUCGGUGUUGUAUGGCUUGGAAUACUAAAUUCUUUUUGGAAAAUCGUUAUAUUGAUAUCUCUGAGCCCACAAUUUCGCCUAGCUCUCAGAAUUUUGUGCUUGACGGCAUGUUGUCGUACCAAGGGACGUUUGCAAGCAGAACUGAUAGGAAUGGAUAAUGACGAUUAACCUUUUUUACGACGAGCUACGAGCAUUUUACCAGUACAUUGUUUAAAUUUUUAUAAAAGAACAUACGAGAAAAUAUGGGUAUAGAAAUAAUCCAGAGUUAAUAUCACUUUAAAUUACUUUGGAUUAUUGGGUACUGAUAGGUACGUAUUGUCACCUGUUUGUGAAACUCCGUUUGUACAGUGCGAUGCGAUUAUAUUGUAGUUAUUUACUGUAGUGUGAGACAAAAAUAAAUAUUUUUACACAUGUACAAGAUGUAAGGGGUUUAUAAAUAUUACGAUGCAUUAAAGUUAUAAUAAGCCUAAUUUCAACUAUUAAAGUAGACUAGUUCCCGAUGUUAAGAUUCUCAAGAGUUUUACAUGUAAUCUUAAUUUAUGGUGUAUACGAAACCCUAACUGUCCCGUGUUUCUUUUAAUACAGCUAUUGCCAUAUUCAUUCUUUCAAUUUAAUGAGUAAAUAUAUCGUGAACGGAGUCGUUGUAGUGUCGCGAAAUUUUCAUCGAUGUUAGCGGGGAAGGUGUUCCGAAAUUUCAAAUAUUAUAAAUAUUUAAAAAUUAUGGACUUCUAAAUGAAACAGAUAUCCUUAAAUAUUAAUUAUCUCGGAACUUUAUUUUAAUAUAACUUAUUCAAAAAAGAUAUACAUAGAUAAUUCUCUUUUUUUAUGACACUCUUGUUCUUACGUUUUGUCUCAUGCUUCAGUGUCUUAAAUACUUGCGGUAUGUUCACGUAAAUAAUGAUAAAUAUAUUUUGUUAAGGGCCGCUUAUCAAGCAAUUUAUAUUAAGUACAUGAAAAUAUGAAUUAAAAGGUUGUUCUUAGACAUUUGUAUUAAAAAAAAAAGAUACUUCUCGGCCUAGUAUGUAAUUAAAAUGAGUACAAAUUAUCCGAAAAGGAAAUAAAUGUCAGUUAUAAUCUAUGCUUGUUACGUUUCACACUGUGCCAACGCCGAAAUACGUUACGUGUUACAAUGUAGACAAACGUCAUGAGUGUACAUACUAGUAUAUAUGUAUCUAAUUAUUGUAAAUUUUAUAUUCAUAUGUAUUGUAUCAAAAUAGUAUUUUAUAUACAGGCGUGUUUCAUUUGAUAUAUUUUCGACAU